ACUCUGAUACAUCUACUAAGUAAUAAUUAACUAACAUAAUUUUGUUGACAAGGGGGAAAGUGAAAGAGUGAAAUGAGGAUUGAGAGAAAUGAAUUAGAUUUUGAUUAAGGUGGUCAAUCAAUUGCAUUUCUACUAUUUAUUUUUCUCAAGUUAUCCUCAUCAUCGAUAGAUUAUAAUUUGAUGCACAUAUUUUUUUUAUAUAUGAAGAAAUUAUCUUGAUGGGGCGGGUAUGAGGAUGGGUAUGGGGCGGGUAUGGUUUUACCCACGGCCAUGGUUUUAGCCUCCCUGCCCCAUACCCAUCAAACUUUUUGCGGGUUUUACCCAUACCCGCCCCAUACCCGGUCAAAGCGGGAAUUCCCCGCAUUGACUGGGUCGGGGGCGGUCGGAUACCCACGGCCAUGGGUUUGAUUGCCAUCCCUACUCUUGACUCGUAAGUCAUGACACUGACAACGCCCAAAGUAGUCACCCCAAGUCACGGACUCACGGCUGCUGCUGGUCUAGUUCGUGUUCUCCGUUCGGCCAAGCUUCCCUUAUCUGCCAUUUCUCCGGCCACGAUCGGACGGACUUGCUUCUCCGGCGCCGCCUCCUUCUAUUCUCCCUUACCUCCACCCUUUCCCCUCAGUGCAUCGAAGAGAAGAAGAGCCUGAGUCCGGCUUGCCAAUGCUCAACCAGAAUAUAUUUACCCGCUCUUCUCCUUCGCAAGUAAUUUGGCAAGGUUUCUAUUGCUUUUUUUCACCUCAUCGUCGUACUUCUUCGGAUUUCUAUUCGUGCGUCAUUCUAGAGUAUUCGUUUGUUAUUGUCCUUAAUAACUUCAAACCGGUAAAAUUUCUGAAACUUUUUUUGCUCCAUUUGGGGAGGGAGAAUUUUGAUGGGAGAUUAAGAAAGUAAAUUGACGAACCGGAUUCCCAAUUUGAGACCUUGGGGAUUGAAAUUGAUCACAAAAGGCGCUUUCUUUUGACCUGCAGCAGACAUUGAGCUUUGCUGAAACCUCUGGUGAGAGUUUGGAUCAAGCAGUUGAUGAAGUAGUGAAGAGUGUGGGAAGCGAAGGAAAAGGGGGGUUUUGAUCAUGUUGGUGGGUGGUGGCUCUCGUAUUUCGCACCACUUACGAGAGUGUAACCACCGGCACCAGUACUAUAGGGAUCCUCAACAAGCACUUGCAGUUGGGUUGGGGUUUUGCAGCUCUAGGAUUGUUCAGCUCUCUUCCCUGAUAUUCAAACCUGAAUCCACCGCUGUAGUUGGAGGCCGUCGGUACCAUCGUGCAAUGCAGCCUCGAACCUUGUGUUUCUCAAGCCUCCGGUCGAAGUCUCCUGGUGAAACCCCCAUUCUAUCUGAUUGUUUCAGCGAUAGAGAAGAUGAUUGCAAGAACCUUUCUGAAGGAUUGUCCUCAAUUACAGGAGGAAUAGUAGCACUUGGAAAGUUUGAUGCUCUUCACAUUGGUCAUAGAGAACUUGCAAUUCAAGCAUCCAAGGUUGGAGUUCCAUAUCUAUUAUCCUUUGUGGGGAUGGCUGAAGUACUUGGUUGGGAGCCUAGGCCACCUAUAGUUGCAAAGUGUGAUCGGCAUAGAGUCCUUUCGUCCUGGGCUCCUCACUGUGGAAACGUAGUCCCAGCAGAGUUCCAAGUCGAGUUCUCAAAUGUCCGGCAUCUCACUCCCCGCCAGUUUGUUGAGAAGUUAUGCAAGGAACUUGAGGUUGCUGGAGUAGUUGCAGGGGAGAACUAUCGUUUCGGAUACAAAGCUGCUGGUGACACAUCCGAACUUCUUCGACUGUGCAACGAACAUGGAAUCCAGGCAUACAUCAUAAAUUCAGUCAUGGACAAGCAUCCACAAGAUCCCUCAAAACUUCAUAAAACUGACUCGAAAGAUAAAGGGCAAGUCUCUUCCACUCGGGUCCGCCAUGCUUUAGCUGCUGGUGAUAUGGAUUACGUGGCUGAACUUUUAGGCCGCCGACAUCGCCUAAUAGUAUCUCUUGAAGAACAGAAUUGGUGUGCAAGUGAUUCCAGCAGAUGGAAGGUCUCUGCCCAAAAAUCUAGGCUGCUGAAUCUCCCUCCCAAAGAUGGGGCUUACGUGAAGUGCUAUCUUUUCCUCGGUGAUAAGCAUGAUGAUCUAGGGGUGCCUUGUAGAGUAACGAUCGACUCCACUAGUGUCCAUUUAGAGGUAGACGAGGAUGCAGUAGAGUUUAGUGAUUGCAGUAGUAGCCAUCGAGACUUGAAGCUUGUGGGCAUUGAGUUUGGCGAUUAAGAAAAUUGGCUCCGGCUCAAAUUUAUUGGCUGUAAUAUGACUUGAGAUA